AUGGAAGAAAAAAAGUCCACCUUAAUGCUCGGAGCGAAAUACAACAUAACAUGGCAACAAACAAUGUUGCGUAUCUACAAUCCGAAAGAAACAGUGGAAUUUUAUGAAAAGAAUUUUGGGAUGAUUAAUAUUCACACAUACCAUUUUGAGGAAUACAACUUUUCUCUUUAUUUUAUGAUAACCCCUCCAUAUGAUGAAGAAGAAAGGAAAAAUUUACCCAUGCCGAACACGAAGGAAUCUGAGAAAUACUUAUGGAAUUUAAAAACAGUUUGCUUAGAAUUAACACAUAAUCAUAAUAGUGAAGAAAAGUUAAGUAAUGGAAAUAAUGACAAUGAUAGAGGAUUUGGACACAUUGCCUUCAAUUGCCACGAUGUGGUAGAGUUAUGUGAUUAUCUUUUUAAAGAAAAAAAUGUAAAAUUUCACAAAUUACCACAUGAAACGAAAAUGAAAAGUAUUGGUUUUGCCUUAGAUCCAAAUGAGUACUGGAUUGAAAUAGUGAAAAGAUCCAAUGAAGUGAUUUGGAAGAAUAAUAAAGACAUUACAAAUUUUUCUCAAACCAUGAUUAGAGUUAAGGACCCUGAAAAGAGCUUAUAUUUUUACAUACACAUAUUAGGUAUGAAAUUAAUUCACAUUAAGCAUAACACAGAUUUCUCUUUAUAUUUCUUAAAGUCCCCAUAUUUGGAAAAUAAAAAUGAAUACAUCGACAAUUCAGCAAAGGAAGGGAAAUUAAACCAAAAAUAUUACAAUUUUAAUGAAUUAAAAAAUUCGUAUCAAUCCGAUGAAGAUUAUGAAAACUUUAAAACUUCAUGGGAGCCAGUCCUGGAAUUAACCCAUAACCAUGGAACAGAAAAUAACGACAAUUUUUCAUAUCAUAAUGGAAAUACCGAACCUAGGGGAUUUGGUCACAUUGGAUUUUUAGUGGACGAUUUGGUGAAUUAUUGCAAAGAAUUAGAAAAUUUGAAUAUUCCUUUUAAAAAAAAAUUAAGCGAGGGGUUAAUGAAUAAUAUUGCUUUUAUUUAUGACCCUGACAAUUAUCUCAUAGAAUUAAUUCAAAGAGGCACAUCUUUUUGUUGCAACUGA